AUGCCCCCUCGACGCACCUGGUCUCAAGCCGAAGACGACAAACUCGCCUCGCUUGUCACCCGAUUUGGAGAUAAACGAGGGCGGGAAAGCAGGUGGCAUGAGAUCUCGAAACAUCUCCCGGGGCGGACAAACAAGGACUGUCGCAAACGCUGGUUCCACUCCCUUGACCCCUCGCUCCGCAAAGGCCGUUGGACACCAGAAGAGGAUGCCCUCCUUCUUGACGCAUACCAGCGGCUAGGGCCUGCUUGGAAGGAAAUUGCAGCACUCAUAGCCGGCCGAAAAGAUGACCAGUGUUCGAAACGUUACAACGACAUCCUUAAUCCCUCCGUGCGGAACCGCCUUGAAGACUGGUCGGCUGGCGAAGACCGAUACCUGACCGACAAGGUCGCUGAACUGGGAAAUAAGUGGUCGGUUAUUGCAGCGGGGCUACCGGGUCGGCCUCCGCUUACUUGUCGGAAUAGAUGGAGGAAGCUGGCAAGAGCGAGCGCUAGAGCUGGGAAUGAGGCGUCCUUGCAACCGCAAAGCGAUUCUCAUGAGCCAGAGCCGCUGUCCUCCACGGAUACGCCGACGUCAAGCUCCGCGCCGGUUCCCAACUCCACUAAACAACGCGAUGGUUUGUAUACUUCAUCCCCACCUACGGGCAGGCUUGCGGGUCGAAUCUUUGAUGGGAUUGCAUCGCUCAAUCCUGUUCCUGCCCUUGGGCACUUGGGCAGUUUAGGAGAUCCUGAUGGGACGCUCACCACACCUCCUGAAUGUGCUGAUUCUUUCCCUGUUUCUCAGAAUCGAAACCAGCAUACCACAUCCGCUUUCCACCACCGACAUACCGACGAGACGCUUGUGCCGACGAGGGGCCAUGAGUCCGCUGCGGACGCAUUCUUACAAGCAUAUCUUCACGACCAAGUUGGAUGGGAGGAGCCAAAUCCGAUCGACUUAAACCCGGUUCCGAACUCCAAUACAUUCCCGGAGUUGAAUCUAGGAUUGGAUUUGGAUCUGGAUCUGACUCUGGACCGGGAGCUCGAGCCCGAAAAUCAUCCACACCGGCAGUCUGAGUCCAGCCCUGCGUAUGAAACCCCGAUCGCCACAGCUCCAACAGAGUCGGUGGAGGAAGCAGCUAUUCGGCAGGCCAUGGCCUCAUUUGGCGCGCAACAGCCGUCUUUUGGCAGGGACACGGGCGUGCAGCAACAUCAUAUCCAUCAUAUCCAUAUACAUCAUCACCAUCACCACCACCACCAUCAUAAGUAG